ACACAGGGCGAGGGGGUCUGAGAGCGGGCAGGAAGCUUGGGGGUGCCAUCCCCGAAUUCACCUGGCCAGAGGUUUCUGUACAGGCUUUUGCAGGUGGGAGCCAUGUCUCAGGCUGUGAAGGCCUCGGCCUCGGCCACAGCGGCGGUGAACCCCGGGUCUGAUGCCAAGGGGAAGGGGGGCCCCCCCGCCGGAGCAGCCCCAGGCCCCGGCUCUGCCCUGCCCCCGCCAUCCAUGCCCGUUCCCAUUGCCAAAGCGGGGGACCUGCCUUCUGGGAGCUACAAGCUGGUGGUCUUCGAACAGGAAAACUUCCAGGGCCGUCGGAUGGAAUUCUCGGGGGAGUGCUCGAACCUGGGGGACCGUGGCUUCGACCGCGUGCGCAGCAUCAUUGUCACCUCGGGACCCUGGGUCGCCUUCGAGCAGUCCAACUUCCGCGGGGAGAUGUUCAUCCUGGAGAAGGGCGAGUAUCCUCGCUGGGACACGUGGUCGAGCAGCUACCGCAGUGACCGGCUCAUGUCCUUCCGGCCCGUCAAGAUGGACGCCCAGGAGCACAAGAUCUCCCUGUUUGAAGGUGCCAAUUUCAAGGGCAAAACCAUAGACAUCCAGGAGGACGAUGUGCCCAGUCUCUGGGUCCACGGGCUCAGUGACCGCGUGGGCAGCGUGAAGGUCACCAGUGGAACCUGGGUCGGCUACCAGUAUCCCGGCUACCGUGGGUACCAGUACCUCCUGGAGCCUGGCGACUUCCGGCACUGGAACGAGUGGGGGGCCUUCCAGCCGCAGAUGCAGUCCUUGCGCCGCCUGCGUGACAGGCAGUGGCAUCGCGAGGGCUGCUUCCCUGUCCUGGCCACAGAGCCCCCCAAGUGAACCCACACGGCACUCCGCUCCCUUGCCCCACCCCUUCUUCAGGCUCAGUUUCCCCAUCUUUCCCAGGCAAAUAAAAGUUCCUAAAACCA